AUAGCAUCUUAUUAUCCACACCAUCAUUGAAUACUGACCACAAAAAAGCAAGUACAUAACCAGCAACCAGCUACUACACAACUCUUUCAAGUGUUCCUUCUUCCCUUCUUGCCACUGAUCUCUGCAAGAAAGCAGCCUAAAAGGAGAGCAACAUGGCAAUCUCAAUUUCCACACCAACAGCCUAUUUCAGCUGUUUUAACUCUUCAAACCAAUCUUCCCUUCCAUCCUUGCCUUUCAAGCCACUCAAAUUCCCUCCAUUCUGGCCUUGGCAGAAGGUGAAGAUGGGCCCACUUACUGUCUCUCCAAUGGGUUUUGGAACAUGGGCUUGGGGCAACCAGCUUUUAUGGGGGUACCAAGAAUCAAUGGACACUGAUCUUCAACAAACUUUUAACUUGGCUGUUGAGAAUGGCAUCAAUCUUUUUGACACUGCUGAUUCUUAUGGGACUGGCAGGUUGAAUGGCCAAAGUGAAAAGCUUCUUGGCAAGUUUAUUCAAGAAUUUCCAGGAAAACAGAUGCGAAAUGACAUUGUGAUUGCUACAAAGUUUGCAGCAUACCCGUGGCGUCUGACACCGGGGCUGUUUGUGAAAGCUUGCAAGGCGUCGCUGGAAAGGCUGCAAGUUGAGCAGAUAGGCAUAGGUCAAUUACACUGGUCUACUGCAAACUAUGCUCCUCUACAAGAGUUAGCUCUCUGGGAUGGUUUAGUUGCAAUGUAUGAGCAGGGUUUAGUUCGUGCUGUUGGAGUGAGCAAUUAUGGCCCAAAGCAGCUCAUAAAGAUCCAUGAUUACCUUAAAGCCCGUGGAGUGCCCCUUUGCUCAGCACAGGUACAAUUUUCUUUGCUAAGCAUGGGAAAAGAUCAGAUGGAGAUCAAGAAGGUUUGUGAUUCUCUGGGAAUCCGUUUGAUUGCUUACAGUCCUUUAGGUCUCGGAAUGCUUACCGGGAAAUAUACAUCAUCCAAACUUCCACUUGGGCCUCGGGCCUUCUUAUUCAGGCAAAUUCUUCCAGGACUGGAACCUUUGUUGAAUUCCCUAGGAGAAAUUGCACAGAGAAGGGAUAAAACUCUAUCACAGGUCGCUAUAAACUGGUGCAUCUGCAAAGGUGCUAUUCCAAUUCCUGGAAUCAAGACAGAACAAGCUGAGGAAAACUUGGGUGCCCUUGGUUGGCGCUUGAGUUCAGACGAGUUGCUUCAGUUGGAAUAUGCAGCAAGUGAGUCCCCUCAGAAAAUGAUCCAAAACAUUUUUCAGACAAGGUAA